ACAUGUUUAAUAGCGAAUGUGUGUGUGUGUGUGUGCGUUUGUGUCAGAUAAAGCACCUCUCCGCGUCAGAUCCCAGCUGCUUCACUUGGUACAGUGGACCGGUUUCACCUGGAGGGUUGAUGUCAGACAUGAGGCUCCGUUCCUGGACUGGAGCUCGGUGUCUCCUGGCUGUCCUGGUCCUCCUGACUGUCCUUCACGUCAAAGCGGAGCAGCAGCAGGAGCAGCAGCCCAAGGAGAGGCACUAUUACAUCGCCGCUGUGGAGAUAAACUGGGACUACUCUGGAAAUGAGACAAACAGGUUUGGGCCCACCUAUAAGAAAGUGGUCUUUCGGGAGUAUGACAGAGACUUCAAACAGGCUAAGACCCAUCCAUCCUGGUUAGGUCUGCUGGGGCCCACCCUGAGGGCCGAGGAGGGCGAGACCCUCGUGGUCACUUUCAGAAACAUGGCCUCUGGACCGCACAGCAUCCACCCCCACGGGAUCGCCUACGGGAAACAGUCGGAGGGGGCCAACUACUUUGACAACACGUCACAGAAGGAGAAAGAGGACGACGUGGUGCAGCCCAACGGCGAGCACGUUUACUACUGGGAGGUGACCUCGGAGGUUUCUCCACAGGAGCAUGACCCCACCUGCCUCACCUACACCUACGUCUCCCACAUAGACAUUGUGGAGGACUACAACUCGGGCCUCAUUGGCGCUUUGCUCGUCUGCAAGUCUGGCAGCCUGGAUGCGUCGGGGCAGCAGGUGGACGUCCACCAGGAGUACGUGUUCCUCUUUGGGGUUUUUGAUGAGAGGGAGAGCAAGUACGAGCCAAACAGCCAUGGCAACCCGGUGAAGUACACCAUCAACGGAUACGUGAUGGGGUCGCUACCCGACGUCAGUGUGUGCGCCUUCGCCUCCGUGAGCCUGCAUCUGGUCGGCAUGAGCUCGGAGCCAGAGGUGUUCUCGGUGCACAUGAACGGCCAGGUGCUGCAGCAGACCGGACACAAAGUGUCCUCGGUGGGCCUCAUCGGCGGCUCCACCGCCACCGCCGGCAUGGUGGCCCUCCACCCGGGCCGCUGGCUGCUCUCCUCGCACACCGUCAAGCACAUGGAGGCCGGCAUGCACGGCUUUGUGGAUGUCAAAAAGUGUGACGGCUUCGAGGCCCCGAAGCGGAGGAUGACAGUGGCCGAGAAACGGCACAGCAAGGUGUGGACGUACUACAUAGCUGCUGAGGAAAUCACCUGGGACUAUGCGCCCAACAUGAAGGAACACAUUGACGGGGACUUCAAGCUCCAGUACCUCAGGCAGUCGUCAAAACGCAUAGGUGGGAAGUACAAGAAGGCGGUGUACGUGCUGUACAAAAACGAGUCGUUCACUGAGAAGGUGGAGUCAAAGCAAAGGAGAAAUGAGCUUGGGAUCUUGGGCCCGGUGAUCAAAGCGCAAAUCAGAGACAUCAUCAAGAUUGUUUUUAAGAACAAGGCCUCCAGGCCCUACAGUAUCUACCCACAUGGACUGACGAUAGAGAAGUCAGAAGAGGGAGUCAACUACCCAGAAGGAGGCAACCAGUCUCACGGUGUCCAGCCAGGGGAGACACACACCUACCUGUGGAGAGUGGUGGACGAGGACGAGCCUUUCGAAGCGGACCCGCGGUGUUUGACGCGACUGUACCACAGUGCAGUGGACACGCCGCGCGACAUCGCCUCGGGACUGAUCGGACAAAUCCUCAUCUGCAAGAGUCAGUCGCUCAAUAUCAGGGGCGUGCAGCUAAAAGCAGACAAGGAGCAGCACGCCAUGAUGGCCGUGUUUGAUGAGAACAAGAGCUGGUACGUGGAUGAAAACAUCCGCAGAUAUUGCGAUUGGUCCCAGGUCAACAAGGGAGACCCGGAAUUUUACAAGUCCAACGUCAUGCACACAAUUAACGGCUACGUGUUUGAGAGCGGCGAGCUCCUGGGCUUCUGCAACGGCGAGGUGGCGACGUGGCACGUGUCCAGCAUCGGAGCGCAAGACUACAUCCAGACGGUCACGUUCUACGGCCAUCCGUUCGAGCUGAACGGGCGGACGGAGGCCUUCCUCAGCCUCUACCCAAUGACCGGAGAGACCAUCAGCAUGAGGAUGGACAACAUCGGUGUGUGGCUCAUGGCUUCCCUGAAUUCCCACGAGACAACCAAAGGAGUGCGAGUGAAGUUCAACGAUGUUGAGUGCUAUCGUGACUACCACUAUGAGGACUCUGAAUAUGAGAAUGCAGGACCGCAAAAAGAGUUUACUGUGUGGAACCCUCCGAGUUUGGACAAUAUCAAGAAGGGAGAGAAGCCAAAACCUGCAAAGACCACGGCGACAGAGACAGACAAUUACACAGAUAUGUUUGCAACCGAAUUAGGUCUCAGGUCCCUGAAGAACCAAUCCAGUGAGCCAGAUGUGGAACAGCUGGACCUCUCUUCCCUCGACUACGAUGUUAUUGAUGUGCCUGAUGGAGAUUCAGGGAUCAACCUGAAUGUCAAGGAGACAAAGAAUAUAAGUCGGAUCUCCAUCCCAAAGCCAAAUACACUAAAUGAGACAUCAUUUUCAAACUGGCUAAACCUCACUGCAGUUAAUUUAUUGAAGCAAAGCAUCAGUGAGAACACCACCCACGUGCAAAACAAUACCGCACAAGCAACCUUCGGCAAUUCUUCAAGCAUUUUGCUGCUGAACAACAGCAUAACCGCAAACAGCAGUGUGUCCCCAGCGUCGAGUGUUGAUAACGAUACAGUGUCCACCACAAAGAACAUCAUGCUUCACAACGCUACGGGUUUAUCAACGGUAGGAAAUGUAUCAACAGAGAUUAGCAAUUUUACGGAAACUUCACUUCGAAAUCUUAGUUCUGUCGUGGAGGCCGAUGGAGCGACCCUGACCAGUGACGACCAGACUCCUGAGGAGAGACUCACCCGAGGGGACGUGUUCUUUUACUCGUCCAAUACCAGCGCAGACCUUCUCCACAGCUCACCAGAAGGCAACGCCACAUCUCAGCCACACGGGGCAGGAGAGGAAGAAGAGGUAGUUGAGACUAUUCCAGCCAAUUCAGGGGCUGAAAAUGUGACACACAGUCCACUUGGAGCAGGGCGUCCGCAGAAUGUCACGGCGAAGGUAUCCAGAUCGAAUGCAUCAGAGGCGAUUCGUUCAGAGGGUGGGGAGAACAUCACAGCUCUUCCCGGUGAGCGGAACCGCACAUCCUCUGCACAGGGUUUCUCCAACGAGACGGACCUGUCCCUCUCCAGCGAUGAUGAGGAGCCGAGCGCCUCGGACAGCACAGAAGAAGUUCUGAUCUACCUUUCAGGAAACAAAGGAGCGGUGAUUAAAACCAUCUCAGUCAAAACGCAGGGGCACAACUGGACCUACGAGGGUACUCACCAAAUGGAAACGGUGGAGUUGUCCGAAGACGUGUUGAAGUACUUGGGGAGAGAAACCACUCAAACGCCGCCCCCCCAAAAAAAGAAGCUCAAGAGGGUAAACCUUCGAGAGUUGGCCAACAAAGGCAAAGUCUUGAAAACAAAGAAGAAGAAGGAGUACAAGCCUCAGUCCAGAAGUGCCUCACCGUUCUCUCCUCGUGGAUUCCAUCCAAACAUGACCCCACGCGGAUCCAGACCUCUUCUGCCGCAGCCCGUCUCCGAGGAGGAGGAGGAGCUCAUUAACGAGCCCGUCGUCAUCGGUGUGCCUCGCCCCGAUUUCAGCGACUACGAGCUGUACGUUCCCGGGGACGAACCGGAUCAUCUCGACCUGGAUGGGGAAAAUGUGAAGGCAAAUGAAUACGAGUUUGUGACCUACAUGGACCCCUACAAAAGUUAUGAAGAAUUCAAGACUCUGAACCUGGAUGACACCACAAAGUACUACUCAAAACUCUUAGGCCCAAAUGACAGGAUAUAUUUCAUUGCUGCAGAAGAGGUCCAGUGGGACUAUAGUGGCUACGGACAGAGGAGGCAAGAGAAGUCGGAACAAAACAGCAGAGAAACCAAAUUCACCAAGGUGGUUUUCCGAGGUUACAUGGACAGCAGCUUCAGCACACCUGACACCCGUGGAGAGAUGGACGAGCAUCUGGGCCUCCUGGGACCGGUCAUCAGGGCCGAGGUGGACCAACGCAUCAUGGUUGUCUUCAAGAACAAAGCCAACCGUCCGUACUCCUUACACGCAGAUGGGGUUACGUAUACCAAGCAGACCGAGGGCCUGUCCUAUGAGGACGGCUCCGAGUACUGGUACAAAUACGACAAUGACGUCCAACCCAACACUACCUUCACGUAUAUAUGGAAGGUUCAAUCCGAGGCCGGACCAAUGCCAGGCGAGUCUCACUGUCGGACUUGGGCCUACUAUUCCGGUGUCAAUCCUGAAAAGGACAUCCACUCUGGCCUGAUUGGGCCUUUGUUGGUGUGUCGAGAGGGCACUCUGAGCCGGACAGAACCCGCAAUGAGGGAGUUCACCUUGCUCUUCAUGACCAUCGAUGAGUCGCAGAGCUGGUACUACGACCAGAACCACGAGUUGAUGCAAAGGAAAAACAGAAGGAGGGCGAUGGGGUACAACUUCAAGGACACCCUCAAAUUCCACUCCAUCAACGGCAUCAUCUACAACCUGAAGGGCCUGAGGAUGUACACCGACGAGCUGGUGUGCUGGCACCUGAUCAACAUGGGUUCUCCCAAAGACUUUCAGAGCGUCCACUUCCACGGACAGACGUUCAUUCACAAGAAGAUCGGCAGCUACCGACAGGCCGUCUACCCGCUGCUGCCCGGGAGCUUUGCCACCCUGGAGAUGUACCCAUCCAAACCCGGCCUGUGGCAGCUGGAGACAGAAGUCGGUCUGAACCAACAGAAGGGCAUGCAGACCCUCUUUCUGGUUCUGGAUAACGAGUGCUACCGUCCGCUGGGUUUAGAAUCGGGAAGCGUGAAAGACAACCAGAUCACAGCAAACAACAGCAGAGAAUACUGGGAGCCCCAUCUGGCCAGAUUGAACAAUAAGGGUAAAAUCAACGCAUGGAGUACAGAGCAGAACAGGAGCUGGAUUCAGGUAGACUUCCAGAGGCCAGUUGUGAUCAGCCAGGUGGCCACGCAGGGAGCCAGGCAGAUGUUCCAGUCCCAGUUUGUGGAAAAGUUCUCCGUCUCCUACAGGACCGACCGCCGCAACUGGAUCUUCCACAGGGGCGACAGCAGGGACUUACAGAAGGUGUUCACUGGGAACAAGGAGGCCUACGAGACCACGAAAAACGUCUUCAAUCCCCCCGUGAUUGGGCGGUAUAUAAGGCUACACCCGUUACAGUGGUACAACAAGGCCACGGUCCGCAUGGAGUUCUACGGCUGUGAGCUCGAUGGCUGCUCGGUGCCUCUGGGGAUGGAAAGCGGACAGAUAGAAGACCAUUUCAUCACAGCCAGCUCCUCCGCCUCCAGCUGGUACUCUGGACCCUGGAAACCUUCUCUUGGACGCCUCAAUAAACAGGGCGCAAUCAAUGCAUGGCAGGCCAAGUACAGUGGCAUGGACCAGUGGCUUCAGGUGGAGCUGCCCCGCGUCAAAAAGAUCUCCGGUAUCGUUACGCAAGGAGCCAAGUCUCUGGGGAAAGAGAUGUAUGUCAUGUCCUACUCCAUCAUGUACAGCAGCAACGGGGUACACUGGAGCCAGUACACGGACGAUGACAGCCUCCCUUUCAAGACUUUCUUGGGAAACAGCAACAACAACGACCACGUGAGGAACUACAUCUACCCUCCGAUUUUCUCCCGCUUCAUCCGAAUCCUCCCGAGAAGCUGGUGGAACUCCAUCACCAUGCGGAUAGAACUGCUGGGCUGUGAAUUUGAGUGAAAUGCGGAUACGCGCGUACCACAUGACGCGGGGGUCAAGUCAACCGUGGACACUUCAUGCACAGAUAUAUCAAAGCUUUUGAAUGCAGUUGAAAACAAGAAUAGAAUUGCAUUGAUUGCUGAGACCAAAACCUUUUUCUUCAUAUAAUGUGAAAAGCAUUUUGUUAAAAAUAGCCGCACAGUUAGAGUGAACUAUAAAAGUCAUAGAAAUGUGAACUACGUGUGUAUAAUCCAAACCUUUUGGUCAGCAGUUAUGCUUUUGGAACAAUUUGUGGAAAUGCUGCAUUUUGUCACAAAUGAUCACAAAUGAAUGUAAAUAUGUAUCCAGAAAUCCUGUAUAAUUUGUUUUUAAAUAAAUAUGAUUACCCCUCUC